AGCUUAUCAUAGCGGCAGAAUUGUAAGGUCUCUCAAUCACAAUAAUCGCCGCCUACUUCUCUCUAUACUCAGAACAUAAAUAAUUCUGUAGCUGUUACAGUUAACAAGUAUUCAAGAUGGUGAAGUUCACAGCUGAAGAGCUUAGAAACAUUAUGGACUACAAGCAUAACAUUCGUAAUAUGUCUGUUAUUGCUCAUGUGGACCAUGGAAAAUCUACCCUUACCGACUCUCUGGUGGCGGCUGCUGGUAUUAUUGCUCAGGAAGUCGCAGGUGAUGUCAGAAUGACAGAUACACGUGCAGAUGAAGCUGAGCGUGGUAUCACCAUCAAGUCCACUGGUAUUUCACUAUAUUAUCAGAUGACUGAUGAAUCCUUGAAGAACUUCAAGGGAGAGAGAAAUGGGAACGAGUACCUCAUCAACCUCAUUGAUUCACCUGGGCACGUUGACUUCUCAUCUGAAGUGACUGCUGCCCUUCGUAUUACUGAUGGUGCACUUGUUGUGGUUGACUGUGUAGAAGGUGUCUGUGUCCAGACAGAGACUGUGCUCCGUCAGGCCCUCGGUGAAAGGAUUCGCCCUGUCUUGACGGUUAACAAGAUGGACAGGUGUUUCCUUGAGCUUCAGGUUGAUGGAGAGGAGGCUUAUCAGACAUUUUCCAGGGUUAUUGAGAAUGCUAAUGUUAUCAUGGCUACAUAUGAGGAUCCCCUUCUCGGUGAUGUCCAGGUCUAUCCCGAGAAAGGUACUGUUGCUUUCUCUGCUGGAUUGCAUGGAUGGGCUUUCACUCUCACCAACUUUGCCAAGAUGUAUGCUUCCAAGUUUGGAGUUGACGAGUCUAAGAUGAUGGAAAGGCUGUGGGGUGAGAACUUCUUUGACCCUGCCACUAAAAAGUGGACCACCAAAAACACAGGGUCUGCUACAUGCAAGCGUGGGUUUGUUCAAUUUUGUUAUGAGCCAAUCAAGCAGAUUAUUAACACUUGCAUGAACGAUCAAAAAGAUAAGCUCUGGCCGAUGUUGCAGAAGCUUGGUGUAACCAUGAAAUCUGAGGAGAAAGAGUUGAUGGGCAAAGCACUAAUGAAGCGUGUGAUGCAGACCUGGCUUCCUGCAAGUACUGCUCUUCUGGAAAUGAUGAUCUUUCAUCUGCCAUCUCCUUCCACAGCUCAAAGAUACCGUGUGGAAAACCUGUACGAGGGACCUCUUGAUGAUCAAUAUGCCAAUGCCAUCAGGAACUGUGACCCAGAAGGGCCACUUAUGCUUUAUGUAUCCAAAAUGAUUCCAGCAUCAGACAAGGGUAGAUUCUUUGCUUUUGGUCGUGUGUUUGCUGGUAAGGUUUGUACUGGCAUGAAGGUCAGAAUCAUGGGUCCCAACUAUGUACCUGGUGAAAAGAAGGAUUUGUAUGUUAAGAAUGUGCAAAGAACUGUUAUUUGGAUGGGUAAGAAGCAAGAAACUGUUGAGGAUGUCCCCUGUGGUAACACUGUUGCUAUGGUCGGUCUGGAUCAAUUUAUUACCAAGAAUGCAACAUUGACCAAUGAGAAGGAAGUCGAGGCCCAUCCAAUCAGGGCAAUGAAGUUUUCUGUCUCACCAGUUGUGCGUGUUGCUGUUCAGUGCAAGCUUGCAUCUGAUCUUCCCAAGCUUGUUGAAGGGUUGAAGCGUCUGGCUAAGUCUGAUCCUAUGGUUCUUUGUUCUAUUGAAGAGUCUGGAGAGCAUAUCAUUGCUGGUGCUGGAGAACUCCACCUUGAGAUCUGCUUGAAGGACUUGCAGGAUGAUUUCAUGGGUGGUGCUGAGAUUAUAGUGUCUGAUCCUGUUGUGUCCUUCCGUGAGACUGUACUUGAGAAGUCUUGUCGGACUGUGAUGAGCAAGUCCCCUAACAAGCAUAACCGUUUGUACAUGGAAGCUAGACCCAUGGAGGAAGGGCUUGCUGAGGCUAUUGACGAUGGACGCAUUGGCCCUAGGGAUGAUCCCAAAGUUCGUUCCAAGAUCUUGUCUGAGGAGUUUGGUUGGGACAAGGAUCUUGCAAAGAAAAUUUGGUGCUUUGGUCCAGAGACAACUGGUCCCAACAUGGUGGUGGAUAUGUGUAAGGGAGUUCAGUACCUGAAUGAAAUUAAGGAUUCUGUUGUUGCUGGUUUCCAGUGGGCUUCCAAGGAAGGUGCAUUGGCUGAAGAGAACAUGAGAGGUAUUUGCUUUGAAGUCUGUGAUGUCGUUCUUCAUGCUGAUGCUAUUCACAGGGGUGGUGGCCAAGUUAUUCCCACUGCUAGGAGGGUUAUCUAUGCUUCUCAGCUUACUGCCAAGCCUCGCCUGUUGGAGCCGGUUUACCUUGUGGAGAUUCAGGCUCCAGAGCAAGCCCUUGGUGGCAUUUAUGGUGUUCUGAACCAGAAGCGUGGACAUGUGUUCGAGGAGAUGCAGAGGCCAGGGACCCCUCUUUACAACAUUAAGGCAUACCUUCCUGUCAUCGAGUCUUUUGGAUUCUCAGGUACCUUGAGGGCAGCUACUUCCGGUCAAGCUUUCCCACAAUGUGUGUUCGAUCAUUGGGACAUGAUGUCAUCCGAUCCAUUGGACGCUGGUACACAAGCUCAUCAACUCGUCCUUGAUAUCCGCAAGAGGAAGGGUUUGAAGCAGGCAGUGACUCCUCUGUCUGAGUUUGAGGACAAGUUGUAAGCAUGUAGAUGGUUCAGCUUGGCGGGAGGUUUUGAUGGAUACAUGCUUAGUCCGGAUCUGCAUAAGUUUUGUUUUACAUUUAUCUGUGUUUUGGCGUACUUUUUACCAUUUUCCAUGAUGUAGGAGUUUAAAUCGUAAGUCAGCUAUUGCAGAACUUAUUUGUCAUCUAAAUGGACGAGAAUGUUGCUGUGGCUUUGUUUUUGAAGUAUCUUAGUUGUUGCUCAUUGCUUUUGUUGCU